AUGGAUUUAGCAGUCAAUUACGAAGACAACAUAUUUUUGAAGAUAUGGUCGGGGACUCCUCAAACAGCUAAAUCGCUAACCGACUAUACUACUCUUAAAUACAUGCUUAGAAUAGUUUUAACAGUAUUUAUCAUUUCUAAUGUUUGGAUUCAGAAUUCCAAUACUGUCCAUUUUCAGUAUUCAGCAAAUUUGAAUAGGAAUGAUGCCUAUAGUCUUAAAUGGUCAAUCGACAAUCAACAAAAAUGGUUAAAUUUCUCUGUUUGUUUCAAUAUCAUGGAAGCGAAUCAGCCUACAGCAAAUAAAGUAAAUUAUGAAGUAGAUAGGACGAGGCUACCGGAAUUUUUCGGCAUCGGAUUUGGACAAAAGGAUGAACCAGUUGGUGUGGAAUUCUAUAUGUUAUACUUUCCAUUUCUUAAUAAAGCAUUCAGGAAUGAUUAUGAAUAUUUUUUCAUGGAAGGUUAUACAAAUGAAAACACAGUCCUUCAGUUUAGGAAUUCUACGGAAAGCGUGUUGUACAAAGUGAAUCAAAUUAAAACUGACCAUCCAAGGAUAUGUUUUAAAUUUGGAAGAAAAGCCAUUUCUUGUCAUGAAAAUGGUUACACAAUUAAUAAUCAAACAACUCGUGUCUUCUUAUUCCACAGUAAUAAUGAACAAUUGACUCUAAAUGAUGAAAUAAAAGCUUAUUGGCUCUACCGUUUCACAAUGAGUCCAUUAAUUCUCUUGGAUAAUAUUGAAAUGAAACAGAUCCCACAUAAAAAGUUAUUUCUUCAAUUAUUAAAAAGUCCAGUGUACACUGGACUGACAAUGAAUAAACACAUUCACAUACACUUAGCUCGUGUUGAACAGGUUGAAAUACCCGCAGUGGAAACAACAUAUUGGUGCAAAACUAUUGAACUUCCGUACUUCUCAAAGGAACAUCAUAUUAUUAAGUAUGAAAGUGAUAUUAUUCCGGCAAGUCAAGGAUUGGUUCAUCAUAUGGAAAUCUUUCGCUGUCCAGGAAAUGCAAAUAUCCCACAUUACAAUGCUCCAUGUAAUUCAGAAAUGAAACCAAUUGGUUUAUCUCACUGCAGGGAAGUAAUUGCAGCCUGGGCUAUGGGGACAGUUGGUCUGACUUUUCCUGAAGAAGCUGGAAUUCCUGUCGGUGGAGCUAGAGGAAGAGAGUACGCUGUCAUCGAAAUACACUAUAAUAAUCCAGGAAAUUUAUCGGGUAUCAUAGACAAUAGUGGAUUUCGUCUUUAUAUUACAAGUAAUCGCCGACCAUAUGAUGUGGGUGUAAUGGAACUUGGGUUAGUAUAUUCACCAAACAGUUUUAUCCCUCCGAGACAAUCACAGUUUACGUUAAUUGGUUAUUGUGAUACACAGUGUACUGAUGUGAGUUUACCAAAACCUAAUGGGAUAUUUGUAUUCGCUUCACAGUUGCAUACACAUGCAACGGGAAUAAAAGUUGUCACACAUCAUUUACGCAAUGGAACAAGACUACCUGAUCUCAAUAGAGAUAAUUACUACUCACCACAUUUUCAAGAGAUACGUCAACUUUACGAACAAGUACAAAUUAAACCAGGUGACAGCCUGAUUACUGCAUGUACUUACAAUACAAAUGAAAGGGAACAGGUAACUUUCGGUGGUUUAGGUAUACGAGAUGAAAUGUGCUUAAAUUACAUAUUUUACUAUCCAAAAGUUAAUCUGGAAUUAUGCAAAUCCGAUGUAACGCGUGAGUCGUUACAUUCCUUUUUGAAAACAGUGGAUAAGAAGUAA